CCUAGACGCUGUCCCUGUCACAUCACCUCCCCCACCUGGAGCUUCGUACGACCAAGGUCCCUUUACCUUUUCUACUCCUCGCCUUGCAUUCCCUGAGAUCCUGCCGACCUUCGAAUCCCAAUCCAGUCGAGAUUUUGAAUACCUUUCUGAGAAACCAAUUCGAUUGCAGCGCAAACGAAAGAUACCCCUAUCAAAGAAACCACUCUCGACAUGGUUCAGCCAAACCCUCCCGCGGGAGGAUCCCGGAAGAUCUCCUUCAAUGUUUCAGACCAAUAUGAAAUCCAAGAUGUUAUCGGCGAAGGUGCCUAUGGUGUUGUCUGCUCUGCCAUUCAUAAGCCCUCGGGCCAGAAGGUUGCCAUCAAGAAGAUCACGCCAUUCGAUCACUCCAUGUUCUGCCUGCGUACACUCCGUGAGAUGAAGUUGCUGAGAUACUUUAACCACGAAAACAUCAUCUCCAUCUUGGAUAUUCAACGACCCCGUAACUACGAGGGAUUCAAUGAAGUUUACCUGAUUCAAGAACUGAUGGAAACAGACAUGCAUCGGGUUAUCCGCACACAAGACCUCUCAGACGAUCACUGCCAAUACUUUAUCUACCAGACCCUGCGUGCACUCAAGGCGAUGCACUCAGCCAACGUCCUCCACCGAGACUUGAAGCCCUCGAAUCUUCUGCUCAAUGCCAACUGCGACCUGAAAGUCUGUGACUUCGGUCUGGCUCGCUCGGCCGCCUCCACCGACGACAACUCCGGAUUCAUGACAGAAUAUGUGGCCACACGUUGGUACCGUGCACCGGAGAUCAUGUUGACAUUCAAGGAAUACACCAAGGCUAUUGACGUGUGGAGUGUCGGCUGCAUAUUGGCUGAGAUGCUGAGCGGAAAGCCUCUUUUCCCUGGCAAGGAUUAUCACCACCAGCUGACUCUCAUCCUGGAUGUCCUCGGCACACCCACGAUGGAAGAUUACUACGGCAUCAAAUCCCGCCGUGCCCGCGAAUACAUCCGCUCCCUCCCCUUUAAGAAGAAGAUCCCCUUCCGCGCACUCUUCCCCAAGAGUAACGACACGGCUCUAGAUCUGCUCGAGAAGCUGCUCGCUUUCAACCCGGCUAAGCGUAUCACUGUUGAGGAAGCGCUCAAACACCCCUACCUCGAGCCAUACCAUGAUCCUGAAGAUGAGCCCACUGCACCACCCAUUCCCGAGGGAUUCUUCGACUUUGACAAGAACAAGGAUGCUCUGAGUAAGGAGCAGCUAAAGCUCCUGAUCUACGAGGAAAUCAUGCGGUAA